AUGAACAAAAAGAAUUCGUCAAAAACAUCAUCUUUACGAAAAUCGUCUAAAUCUGAAUUGACACCAGAACAAAUAAUGAAUCUUAAAACAGAACUUUAUCAAUUGGCUCAAUCGAAUAUUAUUCCUUUACCGAAUGAACCGGAUUUUGCAACAUGUGAUGAUACAUUAACUCGAUUUCUUGUGGCAAGAAAUUAUGUUGUUGAAGAUGCUUUUAAACAAUUGAAAACAGCUGUAGAAUGGCGUCGAGAAUAUCAACCAUUGACAAUUCAAUGUAAAUGGUGUCAUGAAACACCAGGAUUUCAUUCAGUUCGACAAGUUGGGUUCGAUCGUGAAGGUAGACCAUUGAUGUAUGCUUGCUUUGCUCAAUGUCAAACAUUGAAAAAUAAUCCAGACGAUGUUGUUUGCCAUAUGGUUUAUCUUAUUGAACAUGCAAAACGAAGUAUACAAACCUCAGUGAAUACAUUGGUAUUUAUUAUUGAUUGUACAGGUUUAACUGUUGCUUGUUGUAAUCCAAAAAUUGGUAAGAAAUUUGUACAAACAUUUGCUGAUUGUUAUCCAGAAACUUUAUAUAAAUUUAUAUUAAUUAAUCAUGGUACAUUUUUUCAUGGUAUAUGGAAAGCAAUUAAAGUUUUCAUUGAUCCAAAUACAGUGAAAAAAGUGAAAUUAAUUCGUAAAGAAAAAAUUCAACGAACAUUUAAUGAAAUGUUUACCCCAGAUACAAUAACAUGGUUAUUAGAUGAAAUUAAAUUAAAUAAAAUCAAUAUCGCAGAAAACCAAUUGAGAUUUUGUGAAUCAACACAUUCAUAUGAAUUACAUGAUCCACGUGGUACACAUGAAUACAUUCAACGUUGUAUAGAACCAUUAAAAUUAUUCAUUGAACAACAACAACAACGACAGCAACCACAGCAACCACAGCAACAAUCUAAUCAAAAAUCCAUUAUAUUAACAUAUGAUAAUUUAGGUUUAAAAACUCAUAUGCCACAUACAAAUAUUAUGGAUUGUUUAAAUAAAACAUUAAAACAAGUUGAAAUCCAGUCAUUCUAUAAUGGUAAAUAUAUUAAACCAAAUAAAGAAGAAUUACAAGCAUAUGGAGUUGAUGUCAAUGAUAAUCUAUCUGAAAUUAGUGGAGGAUCUGAAGAAUAA